AUGCUUAUGAAAUUAGCUUACGUUGAUGAACAAGGUAAUUUUCAUCGUCUUGGUGAUCCUCGUCUACUUUAUGGAGCAAUGCUUGCAACACGUGUUAGUCUUUGUGCUUUCUUUUCAAUAUUACUUGCUCGUGCUGCUACAAUUGCUAUACGAUAUUCAGCUGUUCGACGUCAAGGAUUAAAUCCAAGCGGCAAAGAAACACUUGUUCUUGAUUAUCCAUUACAACAAGAAAAAUUAGUACCAUGUAUAGCUACAACUUAUGCAUUCUUUUACUCAUUUAUGAAACUUGAAAAUCUUCGUGUACAAAUUUUAGAAAGUGAUAUAAUUUUAUUCGAACAAUUACCAGAACUUCAUGCUAUAUCAUCUGGUUUAAAAGCAUAUACAUCAACAAUAGCUGAACGAUUUUCUCAAAUAUGUCGUGUUGCUUGUGGUGGUCAUGGAUUUUUAGUAGCUAGUGGAAUAAAAACUAUUAAUAAUAUGCUUGAUGCUGCAUGUAGUUAUGAAGGUGAUAGUGUUGUUUUAUUUCAACAAACAGCGAGGUAUCUUCUAAAAGUUAUGCAACAAGCUGAUGAUGAUAAUGAUGUAAAUAUGGAAUCAUCGAUUACUUAUUUAUUUUCAACAAUAUCAGCUCCAGCAACUAUUGUUAAUCUUGAUGAUUAUUGUCGUUUAUUUGAAUGUCGAUCACAAUUACUUUUAAAAUCAAUUUCUAAUCAAUUAAUUGAAUCAUCAUCAUCAACAUCUUAUGAUAAAUUUUCUAAAAAUUCUAUUGAACUCGUACAUAUUGCUAAAGCUUAUGUUGAAACAUUUAUUUUACGAGCAUUCUAUGAUGGUGUACGUAAAGCAGCUGAACAUCAAUCAUUUGCAUUAGUUUUUGAACAACUUUUUCAUGUAUUUGCUAUUCAUACAUUACGAAAUCAAGCAACUGAUUUUAUUCGAUUAAAAUUACUUACAGCUGAACAAAUUUAUCAAUUAGAAACUUAUACUUUACCAGAUUUGUAUACUCGACUUCGACCAAAUCUUGUUGCACUUGUUGAUACUUUUGAUUUUCAUGAUAAUGAACUUAAUUCAUGUCUCGGUCGUUAUGAUGGUCAAGUUUAUGAAGCAUUAAUGGAACGAGCUCGACUUAAUCCAUCCAAUCGAUAUAAAGUUCAUCCAGUUUGGACAUCAAUUAAACAAAAUACAAUGUCGAAACUCUAA